AUGAUCGACACUAGCUGCAGUACCAGAAACAGCAAGGCCCUGCGAGAGAGACGGUGUACAGCUAUAAAGAAGACCGGUCAGCCCAGGCCAAUCCUCCAAUUCAACCUCACACACACAUCCAUCAUGUCCGAGAAACUCCAAGUAGCAGUCGCAGGCAUUGGCCGCAUGGGUAUGCGCCAUGCUCGACACUUCGCAACCCUCACACCUCGCGCCGAGCUCAUUGCAGUCUGCUCGCCCGUCCAGGCUGAGCUGGACGCCGCAAAGAAGGAGUUCGGUAACAUCCGGACCUACCUGUCCUUCGAUGAUAUGCUCGCCCAAGAAAAGACCCUCCAGGCCGUGGUCGUCGCCAGCGCCACGACCAUUCACGCCGAACAGGCCAUCAAGGCCAUCGAGAAGGGCUACCACGUCCUGUGCGAGAAGCCCCUCAGCACCAGCCCCGAGAUUUCUCAAACCGUCGUCGAUGCUUACCGCUCUUCUAUAAAAACAUACCCCAAGCAAAAAGUGAUUUGCGGAUUCUCCCGCCGCUUCGACGCCUCAUACCGCGAUGCCUUCAGCCGCAUGUCCAAGGGUGACAUCGGUACCCCUUCCGUGUUCCGCUCUCAGACCUGCGACAAGCUCGACCCCAGCGGGUUCUUCGUCGCUUACGCCGAGUUCUCCGGCGGUAUUUUCGUUGACUGCUCCAUCCACGAUAUCGACCUUGCUCUAUGGUUCUUCGGCGAAGACAGCAAAGUCAAGAGCGUGACAGCCGUUGGCAUCACGGCCGUGCAGCCCGAUCUGCGCAAGCACAACGACCGCGACAACGCGGUGGGCAUUAUUGAGUUCUACGGCGGCAAAAUCGCCCAGCUUUACUGCUCGCGUAUGAUGGCCGCUGGCCAGAUGGACUGCACGGAGAUCUUCGGUACAAACGGACAGAUUGCAGUCAACACACAGCCCCAGUCAAACUUGGUCAACUUGUUCGAGUCUACUGGUGUGCGUCGCGAGAUCCCACCUGACUACUACGGCCGAUUCCGCGAGGCCUUCGUCACUGAGGCCAAUGAGUUCACUGCUGCUUGUCUCGAUAACCUUCCUCCUCCCAUGUCUCUGGAGGGCGCUGUCAAGGCAGUGCGCAUUGGCGCUGCUUUGCAGGAGAGUUUGAUCUCUGGCAAGAAGAUCGAGUUUGACGAGAGUGGCAAGCGGGUUGAAUCUGCUAGACUUUAG